AUGAAACCCCAUUCUUGUACACCAGCAGAGAAUAUCAAACCUAUUAAAUCAUUGCCGUCCGACAGUAUGAGCCCUCAAGUAGCUAACUCCCUUAAACGGAUCCGGAACUGGGUGUUUGCCGCCCCUUCCCGGGUGACCAAGAUUGCGACAGGAGAGGGCAUUGCCGGCACCCGAGCGGCCCCUACGCAAAGCGGCAAUAAUGACACCAGCAUCGGCGGCCGUCUUGACCAUGGAGAGACCUACGAGAAGGAUGGAAAGCGAUAA